CCCUCAGUCAAGCUGCCGAUUACACAAAUGCUGAGUCCAAGGCACAUGUAACGCACAGCUCCGGUUUCCUUGACGACCAGCCGACUGCUAAGGCCAGUGUCUCUCAACUUCUGAAGUGUGCCCGCUGCCUUACUGCACAAACCUACAGGUCAGCUAUGAAUCCCACUCAACAGGACCAAAAGCUUGACAUUGUGUUAAGAAACCAGGGCGUCACAGACUCGGCUUUCCAAAUUUCAGAUGGCAGCCAUGACCCUGAGAAGACCAUCAUUGCUGACCCCCAUACCGACAGUGUGGAAGAGGGUCUGGACUCGAGGCCUGAAGGCAACCUUAUCUACUCCAUCAACGAUCGCCCACCCUGGUACCUCUGCAUUCUUCUGGGUUUCCAGCAUUACAUAUUGGCGUUUGGUGGCAUCCUGGCAAUUCCUCUCAUUCUCGCCGAGCCGUUGUGCAUCAAAGAGAACAACGCUGCCAAAAGUCAGCUCAUCUCCACCAUCUUCUUUGUCUCGGGCAUGUGCACUUUGCUACAGACCACCUUCGGGACCAGGUUGCCGAUCCUCCAAGGAGGGACGUUCACCUUCAUCACUCCGACUCUAGCUAUCCUCGCCCUUCCCAAGUGGAGAUGCCCAGACACAGGUGCCACCACUCACCCUAAUGCCACAAAUUCUGCAGCGCUCCUAGUGGAUGAUGAUGAGGUGUGGAAAGUCCGCAUGCGUGAGAUCCAGGGGGCCAUUCUAAUGGCCUCAAUGAUUCAGCUUGUUCUGGGCCUGUCAGGUCUCGUGGGGCUAAUGUUGAGGUUCAUCGGGCCGCUGGCUAUUGCUCCCACCAUCAGCCUUAUAGGACUGUCGCUCUUCAUCCAGGCCGGGCAGAAGUCAGGAGCACACUGGGGAAUUGCUGCUUUAACUGUUUGCCUGAUCCUUCUCUUCUCCCAGUAUUUGAGCAAAGUAAACCUUCCUCUCAUUGCUUAUAAGGACAAGAAGUGGAAAGUAUUCCAGUACCCUCUCUUCAAACUCUUUUCUGCUUUAUUUGGGAUGUGCGGAGCCUGGCUGGUGUGCUUCCUGCUGACAUAUUUCAAUGCCCUGCCCUCAUCUCCAGAUGAGUAUGGCUACAUGGCCAGGACAGACAUCAAUCUUAAUGCAGUAAAAAGUGCUUCAUGGUUCUACGUGCCUUAUCCAGGACAGUGGGGUUUACCGACUGUGAGUGUGUCGUCUGUACUGGGCAUGAUGGCUGGAGUACUGGCUUCAACGAUGGAGUCAAUUGGAGACUAUUAUGCAUGCGCUCGUCUCUCUGGAGCACCUCCACCGCCCACGCAUGCUAUUAACCGUGGCAUUGCGGUGGAAGGCGUGGGUUGCAUCUUGGCUGCCCUGUGGGGUACUGGUAAUGGCACCACCUCCUACAGUCAGAAUAUCGCAGCUCUGGGAAUUACAAGGGUUGGCAGCAGAUUGGUUCUUCAGACUGCUGGGCUUCUUAUGAUCAUCUUGGGACUCUUUGGUAAAUUCAGCGCAGUCUUUAUAACUAUUCCAGACCCGGUCAUCGGUGGAAUGUUUCUUGUCAUGUUUGGGAUGGUAGCAGCAGUGGGAAUUUCUACUCUGCAGUAUGUGGAUUUGAACUCUUCCAGGAAUCUCUUGAUUCUUGGCUUCUCAACCUUCACUGGUCUUGUGCUCCCAACCUGGUUUCACUCAAACCCAGGCACGAUCAACACAGGCAUAAAAGAGCUGGAUCAGCUCAUAAUGAUUCUCUUCACCACCCACAUGUUCAUUGGUGGAUUCUUUGGGUUUGUUUUGGACAACACAAUACCAGGAACAGAAAAAGAAAGAGGAAUAAAGAACUGGAGGAAGACGGUUCAUGAAGGAUCUAAAAUACAUGUAACUGAUCAGUCCUGUUACAAUCUGCCUUUCUGCACAAGCUUUAUUCAGAGGUUCAAACUGCUCCACUACCUCCCGUUCCUCCCAUCAGUUAAGUCACAGGAACUGGGAACGCAUCUGUAGUACCGGAGCUUCCUGUGGUGAGGCUUGGUUUUUGAAAGGCUCAUUCCCGGCAAUGAAUGUGGGCAACACUCAGGCCUGGCUGCAGGGUUAAACUGAUCAGAAUAGCCACAGAAUUACUGCGAUUUUCCAUGGAAAUCAUACAACCAUGGACAUUUUCGUCUCUUUUUGGAUUAUUAAAGUACAUUCUCCGCUAAAGCUCCAAUUAAGCUUCAUUAUGUAACCUAUUUCGUAAAUUCACACCAUGAAAUUACUUUUUUAAUAAGUAAAACACAUUACUUUUCUAUUCUUUAUUUAUCAACAAAUACAAUUGAAAAUCCUUUGGUUUCCAUUUUGGCAAAUAUAUGUGGUCAUGAUGCCUGUACAUCACUUUUCAGUGACGUUCAGAGAGAGACGAAGUCCCACGCAAAGAUUUAGAUUUCAAAAAGUUCAUAAUACUGAUAAUAAAUCAAAAUGAACCCUUUUGCGUCAGUGAAAUCCAGUUGUGCUCGUUAUUUGUAGCGGGUAAAAUAACAUGUCACCUGAGGGCUGCAGCGGAUUUGUUCUAUCUGGAACUCACAGCUAACGUUGCCAUAAACGGUACAGUUGUCAUGGCAAUCAUUGCGCACAUUUCGUGAAAUAACCUAUUUGUCAUUGCACGCCAGCUUUCUUGGCAAACUGUUAAAACACAAUCGUUUUUUUCUCAGUUUUACCCAAGCUUUUGCUAGUGUUGACAUAUGAAAUAUCUCCGCAUUAAUAUCAUUCAUAUUGUCUAACUAUUUGAUAUUUGAGCCAGGCCUGGUGCCAUUUCAGUUCUGCAUUGUGACUUUAAUUAAAUUCCAUAAACUUAGCACAGAUAUGUACUACCAUACAAGAAAUGUCAUGUCAGUUCUGUUCAGUGUUUUGAACACAUUCUAAUUUAGGUUUUUGAUCCUGAUUAAUACAUAAUUAUAGACAUACAAAUCAAUUUUUAGGUGUAUUUUAUAUAAGAUUUAUGAUUUUGUGUAGAAUAUAUUUUUAAUUAAUAUAAAGUAUGUUAGAUUUGUUAUGAUCAAUGUAAUGAUUAAUGUAUUUUUUGCAUGUAUGUGCAUAUAAACAGACCUCCCGCAUUUCAGCAGGAUUCCUUUUAUGCUACCUCUACAAAAACGAUAAAUAUUAUUCUUUUAAAACCCCUGCUAAAUCAAGGAGUAUAAUCCUGUCCUUAAAUGUAAAUCGGACUGUGUUUUGCACUCUUGAGUGCCGAGAAUAGCCAAAAGCAAUGAUUCCUUUCAAGCGGAACUUUUAGAUCAUACACAAAAAGUGAAUAAAUACAGGAUGCAGUUCAUGUUUA